UGCUCUUCUCUCAAGGCGCGGUACCGCUCGCACGGCCAAUUUUCAAUAUUAAAAUACGCACGCUAUUAAAACGAUAAUCGAUUUAAUAUUUCGGGAAGGUGAUAAUCGAUUCGGCGAUGUUCGUUAGAGGAGCUGAAGAGAGUUAAGAGCCAGCGAGUUGAACGCAGUCCGUCCUGGAGCUCGUCCUCCCCGCCCUUCCAGAACUUGUCCCCUCCCCCCCCCCUCCCCCCCCCCCACAACUAAGUUUCUUUCUUCCGCCUCCAUCUUUGGCCCUGAAACACACUCGGUCCUGAAGACGCACAUCAACAGAGUCACACACCUCAACGCCGGCCGCACUUACCAGGAUGAUCACCUCGGAGCUCCCCGUCCUACAGGACUCUUCCAAUGAGUCUGGGGCAACAGACGCCGUGGCUUUAAGUAUGAGCAUUGCUGAGAUGGAAGAUCCAGAGGUGAAAGGCAAGAAGAAGAGAGGGAGGCCUGGAAAACAAGCCCCGGCGUCCAAUAAGAAGCCAAGGAAGUCACCGGCGGACAAGGCCGUGGGCGUAGCAAGAGGGCGAGGGAAAGCCAACGGCGUGGCUCAACAUAACGGAGACGGCGGAGACCCCGUCACUCUGUUCGAGGUGGUCAAACUGGGCAAGAGUGCUAUGCAGUCUGUGGUGGAUGAGUGGAUCGAGUCGUAUAAACAGGACAGAGACUUGGCGCUGCUGGAUCUCAUCAAUUUUUUCAUCCAGUGCUCGGGAUGCAAAGGCACUGUGAGGAUUGAGAUGUUCAGGAACAUGCAGAACGCAGAGAUCAUCCGCAAGAUGACCGAAGAGUUUGAUGAGGACAGCGGGGAUUAUCCUCUCACUAUGCCGGGGCCCUUGUGGAAGAAGUUCCGCUACAACUUCUGCGAGUUCAUCAGCGUUUUGAUCCGCCAGUGUCAGUACAGCAUCAUCUACGACGAGUACAUGAUGGACACGGUGAUCUCCCUCCUCACCGGGCUGUCGGACUCUCAAGUGCGAGCCUUCAGACACACCUCCACGUUAGCGGCGAUGAAGCUGAUGACGGCGCUGGUGAACGUGGCGCUGAACCUGAGCAUUCACCAGGACAACACGCAGAGGCAGUACGAGGCCGAGAGGAACAAGAUCGCCGGCAAACGAGCCAAUGACAAGCUGGAGCUGCUGCUACAGAAGAGGAAGGAGCUUCAAGAAAACCAAGAUGAAAUAGAGAAUAUGAUGAACUCCAUCUUCAAGGGAAUCUUUGUGCAUCGCUACAGGGACGCCAUUGCUGAAAUCCGAGCCAUCUGUAUCGAGGAGAUCGGAGUGUGGAUGAAGAUGUACAGUGAUGCUUUUCUUAACGACAGUUACCUGAAAUACGUCGGUUGGACACUACACGAUCGGCAAGGAGAGGUGCGUCUGAAGUGCCUGAAGGCUCUGCAGAACCUGUACACAAACCGAGAACUGUUCCCCAAGUUAGAGCUGUUCACCAACCGCUUCAAGGACCGCAUUGUAUCGAUGACGCUGGAUAAGGAGUAUGACGUGGCUGUGGAGGCCAUCAGACUGGUCACUCUCAUCCUGCAGGGCAGUGAAGACGCCUUAUCCAAUGAGGACUGUGAGAAUGUUUACCACCUAGUUUACUCGGCCCACCGACCAGUGGCAGUCGCUGCAGGAGAGUUCCUGCACAGAAAAUUGUUCAGUCGCCAUGACCCACAGGCAGAAGAAGCGCUGGCUAAGCGCCGAGGGAGGAGCAGUCCCAACGGAAAUCUCAUUCGCAUGCUGGUGCUCUUCUUUCUGGAGAGUGAGCUGCACGAGCAUGCAGCCUACCUGGUGGACUCGUUGUGGGAAAGCUCUCAGGAGCUGCUGAAAGACUGGGAGUGUAUGACUGAACUUCUGACGGAGGAGCCUGUGCAGGGGGAGGAGGUGUUGUCAGACAGACAGGAGAGCGCUCUGAUAGAGCUGAUGGUGUGCACCAUCCGACAGGCGGCAGAGGCACACCCACCCGUUGGCAGAGGCACCGGCAAAAGGGUGCUGACAGCGAAGGAGAGGAAGACCCAGAUAGACGAUAAGAACAAACUGACGGAGCACUUCAUCAUGGCUCUGCCCAUGCUGCUGUCCAAGUACCAGGCCGACUCGGAGAAGGUAGCCAACUUGCUGCAGAUCCCUCAGUUCUUUGACCUGGACGUGUACAGCGCCGGGCGCAUGGAGAAGCACCUGGACGCCUUGCUGAAGCAGAUCCGGCUGGUGGUGGAGAAGCACAUCGAGAUGGACGUGCUCGAGGCCUGCAGUAAGACCUACAGCAUCCUCUGCUCCGAGGAGUACACCAUCAUGAACCGCGUGGACAUCGCCCGCUCGCAGCUCAUCGACGAGAUGACGGAUCGCUUCGCGCACUCCGUCGAAGAGCUGCUUCAGGAGGCGGAGGAGGCCGACGACGACGACAUCUACAACGUUUUAUCUACGCUCAAGAGACUCACAGCCUUCCACAAUGCGCACGACUUGACGCGGUGGGAUUUAUUCGGGAACUGCUACCGGCUGCUGAAGGCGGGCAUCGAGCAGGGCUCCAUGCCGGAGCAGAUAGCCGUCCAGGCCCUGCAGUGUUCCCACUACUCGGUCCUCUGGCAGCUGGUUAAGAUCACGGAGGGGGCUCCCAGCAAGGAUGACCUGGUGGCUCUCAGGAGAGUGGUGAAGUCUUUCUUGGCCGUGUGCCAGCAGUGCCUGUCAAACGUCAACACACCGGUCAAAGAACAGGCGUUCAUGCUUCUCUGCGACCUGCUGAUGAUCUUCAGUCACCAGCUGGCUUCCGGCGGCAGGGAAGGCCUCCAGCCGCUGGUCUUCAACCCGGACACCACUCUGCAGAAGGAGCUGCUCACCUUCGUCCUGGACCACGUCUUCAUCGACCAGGACGACGAGAAUCAGAGCAUGGAGGGAGACGAGGAAGACGAGGCCAACAAGAUCGAGGCGCUCCACAAAAGGAGAAACCUGCUCGCUGCUUUCUGCAAACUCAUAAUCUACGACAUCGUAGACAUGCCCGCUGCUGCCGACAUCUUCAAACACUACAUGAAGUAUUAUAAUGAUUAUGGCGACAUCAUCAAGGAGACUCUGAGUAAAACCAGACAGGCGGACAAGAUUCUUUGUGCCAAGACGCUCAUCCUCAGUCUGCAGCAGCUGUUCAACGAGCUGCUGCUGGACCAGGGGCCCAACCUGGACCGGACAUCGUCUCACGUCAGCGGCAUCAAGGAGCUGGCCCGCCGCUUCGCCCUCACCUUCGGCCUGGACCAGAUCAAGACCAGAGAGGCUGUCGCCACGCUGCACAAGGAUGGAAUCGAGUUUGCGUUUAAGUACCAGAAUCCUCGAGGAGCAGAGUUUCCUCCCAUCAACCUGGCCUUCCUGGAGGUUCUGAGUGAAUUUUCUUCCAAACUAAUCCGCCAAGACAAGAAAACGGUCCACUCGUACCUGGAGAAGUUCAUGUCGGAGUCGAUGUCGGAGCGUCGGGAGGAUGUGUGGCUGCCGCUGAUCUCCUACAGGAACAGCCUGAUGACGGGAGGAGACGAGGACCACAUGUCCGUCACGUCGGGCUCCAGCAGCAAGGCCGGCUCGGUCCGCAGCAAGAAGGGACGACUGCCGAUACACAAGAAGCGCAUCGAGGAAGAGAGCAGUGUUGAGAGCUCGUGGUUGUUGCGUAACGACACUCUUCAGACACCGGGAGCUCUGCAGACUCCUCAGCUCACCUCAACAGUUCUCCGAGAGAACCGACCGGCAGAACACAUGCCCGACCCGGACUCAGAACCCGGAUCAGAGAACGACUUCGUACACAAUCCUCAGAUGCAGAUGUCGUGGCUCGGCCAGCAGAAGAUGGAGGAGGUGAACAGGAAGGACCGGACGGGGAUGAACUACAUCAAGGCGCGCAGCAACCAGGGCGUGCGGCAGACUGUGCGUGGGUUGAUGGAGGAUGACGCGGAGCCCAUCUUUGAGGACGUGAUGAUGUCAUCGCGGGGCCAGCUGGAGGACAUGAACGAGGAGUUUGAGGACACGAUGGUGAUCGACCUGCCGCCAUCGAGGAACAGACGGGAAAGAGCAGAAUUGAGACCGGACUUCUUUGACUCUGCAGCGAUGAUCGAGGACGAGUCGGGAUUCAGCAUGCCCAUGUUCUGAUCUGGGAAGAAGUGAAGAUCCUGAGAUCAUGAUCCACAUCAGGAGUUAAACAGAAGGCGGGUUUUGGGACAUCUAACCCAGAUAACCUGCCAAUCAAACUCUUAAGAAGAAGAAAAAAACAUUGUUGAAGUACUUUUCUCUUUCUACAAGACACGAUGGACGGAUGUCUGUUCAGCGGGUCUUCCGAUGGAUCCUGCAUCAGCUGGAACUCACCGGGAAGCGUGAAACGAGAACGGGCUCUGUUCUUUCAGACCAGGCCGGAGGAUCCAGAACAUUCUCCAGAAUCUAGUCCGGAUUACUCAAGAGCUUCUCGUUGCUCUAAAUCUUCCUCCUCCUCCUCCUCCUCCUCAGCCUGUUGGUUUGGCUCUUGUUAGCGGUAGCUCUGACGGCGCUCUGGCUCAGUAAUCCUGCUGCCGGCCGAUGAGGACUCGCAGUUUUUACGGUUCCCCGUUACACAGAUGUACAGUUGUUUGGUGAGCAGCGUAACACUCUGUAGCCCCCCCCGCGCCCGCCCUUCUUUUGGUGUCACACUUCGAUCCGUCUAGUUAAAUCCAACGUAGAGAGGAUCUCAAUACUAAGUGUUCUAUAUCUUUGCUCUUAUUACCACCCACCGACCCCACUCCUCUCUCUGUUCACCAUCUGAGUCCUUGUAUGUGGUGGUGCUGGUGCUGGUGUGUGUGUGUGUGUGUGUGUGUGUGUAAAGUGAUGGUGGUUGAGUAGUCGCACAUGCACACGGAGGUCGACAGCUGUUGACUGACCUGGCGGGAGUGAUGCAACCGGCAAAGCAACCAACCUCUGACAGAGGCCUCCACCUUCUCACAUCUCGUAAACAUUCUGCACACACGCACACACGAGUAAGUUUUGAAGUUAAAAACGUUUUAAAAAAAAAAAGACAAUAAACAUAUUUUGAAUUCUGUAGCUUUAGUACUAAAGUUUUAAAUCAAGUGUGUUUUUGUUUUUGUCUGAUGUUUGUACAGCUUUUUCUUGAAUAUGUAUCUCGUUUGUUGCCAAAUUGUGGCCUACAUACUUACAGUAUAUUCCAGCCCCUCCCCCUCCACCUGUAAUUCAUAUCUAAUGGUGACCCAGCUCAGAUUGUUGCUGUGGGACGCCAGUUUUUAAGCGCUGUAGGGUCCGAUUGUAAUGGUUUCACAGUUCAGUAUUACAGCAGCAUAUGUUUCUACAGGUCAAAUCGAGUUACGUUUUUACACCCGCCUUCAGUGUUAACUGAUCCAAGAAGUUUAAGAUUUGUUGUUAUCAUUGUUCAAAGUGGUGGAUUUCUAUGUCUGACAGAUUUGUUUGAAUGUGUUUUGAAUGUUUCCCGCCAUAUCGUUGUUCCCCCUCCGUCGGUUAAUCAAUCAUUUACCUUUACCUCCUGUACAUAUCAGAGACAAUUGGAUCUUUUCUGCAGUGCAGUUGACAUCAGUUGCCCUAAAAUGCUCUAAAAGCCUGUUUUUGUUUUUUUCUGUGAACCUAAAUUCUUUUUAAUAAAAUAAAAUCUGUAAUCGAUUAUUGGACCCGUGUUUGUGUUUAGUGCUCGACGGGUCAUUUUUGACCAAACGAUCUCAACUCAAGGUUCACGCGCUCGCUUGUUCUGCCGCUGUCAGCGUUCUCACGCGAUGCUCAGCUGCCAUUGGAACUUUCGAUGUUCGUACUUACCAUGAUAUUCUGAACUUCUCUCAUCCCCGUUGAGUUUGACAGUUCCCUAGGUUACCAGAUAUCAUUGUAAGAGAUUAGUAAAGCUUAUCUUUCCCGUUGAAAGUGCAAAAGAAUGGCGGCAGGACGUUUCAAGUGCAGUUUGAAACGUAAAAAUGUAUUCUGCCACUGAAGAUAGCGAGGUCUGACAAUUAACAAAACUAUCUGCUUUUAUCCUUAAACAUUAAAUCUAAUACUAUGGGAAUUGCAUUGGAAAAGUAGUCAGUAAGAAAACACUUGGUAUUGAGUCCAUGAUUUAUUUUACAAAUGGCAGUCAGCCAGAGAGGAAAGGCACUGUGUCAGGAUGACUUCUUGACCUAAAUGGAACACAGGGAGUGCACCUGAAAGUGCUCACUAAUGUACACACCCCAAACCUCGAUUAAAUACAGUACAUACGACUUAGGAAACACCGUACGUGGACAACAUGUUUGCAUUUCCACUAAUACCACCAUGUUGACAGCUGGUUGCCCGCGUUUUAUCGGCGAAACGUAACCUACCCUUUCAGAUACAAUCUUGUUCUCAAAAUGUCCUAAGUGUCAAAGUGACCAAUAUGGCCACUACUGACAGCAACUACCUCUCAUGUGUGUCUUCACUAUCAUCCUCUUCAGGUGUGCAUAUCAGUGGCUGUACAGAUAAAUGUGCUGAGCUAGGGCUGCUUGAGCGGUGCAUGACUAGACAAACAACCCAAAUCGUCACGAGGUCACGCCGCAGUUCAUUUGAAUGCAGAGUCCGUGUCAGAAGAAGUGCCUUUAGCCGGUGUUGGUGUGGUUCACAGAGGAAUGUUGGCGUGUUUCUUCCAGGGGUUUAUCUGCUUCUUGCUGGCCAGCACCUCCAGAUCUCUGCAGAUCCUCUUGCGAGUGGUCGACGGCUCGAUUAUGUCAUCCACGAAACCUGAAACAAACAGUUGGCCGGUCACAAACGGAAGUGUAUGAUUUACUUUUUUUCGUGCUGUGAAGAAGUGAGAAAGUUCACCUCUGAGAGCAGCGGGGAAAGGGUUGGCGAACUUCUCGAUGUAUUCAGCCUCCGCCUCCGCCUGGUUCUCCUUUCCUCUGAAAAUAAUCUGAACGGCACCCUGAGAGAGACGGACCGUGCGUCAUCGUUAGCGAUCACUCAAAGUCGAAAUAUGAUUUCAAAUGGCUGUGGUGUGCUUCGCUGUCGACCUGCAUGCACGCUAUCGAAUCAAACGAAGGAAAGAGAGAGAGAUAGAGACAGACGAAUAGAAAGAACUUGUGUGUUUGUACCUUGGCACCCAUGACCGCGACCUCAGCAGUGGGCCAGGCGUAGUUCACGUCUCCUCUCAAGUGUUUGGAGCUCAUCACGUCAUAGGCUCCUCCGUAAGCCUGGGGGGGGACACAAACCCAGUCCACAGUGAACGUUUAUUCUGACUUAAUUAAGACUGAUCACCACGCUGCUUUUAAUGCAAACUCAGCCCCGAGUACAGCUACUCCAGUCUUCCAGUAAAGAGAUUUAGAAUGUCUUCUACUGUGAAGGUUCACACACACACACACACACACCUUUCUGGUGAUGAUCGUUAUUUUCGGGACAGUGGCUUCUGCAAAGGCAUACAACAGCUUGGCUCCAUGUCUGAUGAUGCCUCCAUACUCCUGAGCGGUACCUGUUGACAACCAUCACAGCAUUAAACAUCUUUGAAUGCAGCCAGUGUACAGUAUAUAUAUGCACUGUGAGAAGUUUAAAAACAAUACCUGGCAGGAAGCCUGGCACAUCCACAAAGGUGAUGAUGGGAAUGUUGAAAGCGUCGCAGAAGCGUACAAAGCGAGCUCCCUUCACUGAGGAGUUGAUGUCCAAACAACCUGAUGAACAACACAGAUAUGAUUUAAAAAGGGAAAAAUACAGAAUGACCUAACGCUGAUAAGCUAUCCCUUCUCUCUUACGUUU